UCAGACAAAAAUCCCUCCAACAACUCACUCAUUGUCAUACGCUUUCUUAUGCCAAAGCAUCGGCUCAUUAUGUUCGUACACAAAUUCGAAUCAACAUUUCUUAUACGCAAAUGUGAAUUGCUAAUUGAUCAAAUACUAUUGAAUUUAUAGCAGAUUGAUUAAUAAUAAUAAUAAUAAUAAUGGGGAGUUUAGGUGCAAUGCUGAGGAAUCCUGAGGAUAUUUAUCCAUUGAUGAAACUGAAGUUAGCGGCGCGAUAUGCAGAGAAACAGAUCCCUCCUCAGCCACAUUGGGCCUUCUGUUACAUUAUGCUUCACAAGGUUUCUCGUAGUUUUUCUCUCGUCAUUCAACAGCUUCCCGUGGAACUUCGCGAUGCUGUAUGCAUUUUCUAUUUGGUUCUUCGAGCGCUUGACACAGUCGAGGACGAUACCAGUGUAGCCACGGAGGUGAAAGUACCUAUUUUGAUGUCAUUCCAUCGCCAUGUUUAUGAUCGUGAAUGGCAUUUUUCGUGUGGUACGAAGGACUACAAGGUUCUUAUGGACCAGUUCCAUCAUGUUUCGACUGCUUUUCUGGAGCUAGAGAAACAUUACAAGGAGGCAAUUGAGGACAUUACUAUGAGGAUGGGUGCAGGAAUGGCAAAGUUUAUAUGCAAGGAGGUGGAAACAAUUGGUGAUUAUGAUGAAUAUUGUCACUAUGUAGCUGGGCUCGUCGGAUUAGGCUUAUCAAAGCUUUUCCGCGCCUCUGGGAAAGAAGAUUUGGCAUCAGAUUCUCUCUCCAAUUCCAUGGGUUUAUUUCUUCAGAAAACAAAUAUCAUUAGAGAUUAUCUGGAGGACAUAAAUGAAGUACCCAAGUGUCGCAUGUUUUGGCCUCGUCAGAUUUGGAGUAAAUACGUUGACAAGCUCGAGGACUUGAAGUGUGAGGAAAACUCUGUAAAGGCUGUGCAAUGUCUGAAUGAGAUGGUCACUAAUGCUUUAUCACAUGUAGAAGAUUCUUUGACUUACAUGUCCACACUGCGAGAUCCUGCUAUCUUUCGAUUCUGUGCUAUUCCACAGGUCAUGGCAAUUGGGACAUUGGCAAAGUGCUAUAACAACGUUGAAGUUUUCAGAGGAGUUGUAAAAAUGAGACGUGGUCUCACUGCUAAGGUUAUUGACCGGACCAGGAACAUGGCAGAUGUAUAUGGUGCUUUCUAUGACUUCUCUUGUAUUCUGAAAGCCAAGGUGGAGUAUAAAGAUCCAAAUGCAGCAAAAACUUUAAGAAGGCUUGAAACAAUCUUGAGAACUUGCAAAGACUCUGGAACCUUGAAUAAAAGGAAAUCUUUCGUAAUCCAGAGCAGACCUAAUUACAAUUCAGCUUUGGUUGUUGUCCUCGUUGUCAUAAUAGCUAUCCUUAUUGCAUACCUAUCUGGAAACCGGCCUUAGACCAUGUGAUUGAUGUUAGAAGAAAGUGUGGUCAAAGAAAAUGGCGCAAGCUCUUAGCCGAGCAUGUGAUAGCUGCAGCUUAUGGUGUCUGUAACUUUGUUAGUUAGUGAUAGUAAUAUAUGGAAAACGCCUAUUUAUAGUUGUUUAGAAUCUUGUGGCAUGCCUUUGUUAGCAACCUGCAAAUAGUAAAUAUUAAUAUGCUACUUUAUACGUAAUACAUAUUUCAAUUAUCUGUCCACUUAGUGGUAAAUCCAUGCAUUUUAACACCUGAAAUUGUAUUCUUUCUCC